UGUAUGUAUGUAUGUAUGUAUGUAUAGUUUCAUCACUCUUUACAACAGUAACACACAUUCCCCCAAAAUACACAACACUUUUUCACACAGAAUUUUAAAUAAAAAUUAAGAAAUGGAGGUUGAAAUGGAAGAUGAUAACCGUAACGGCGACGAUACGGCGGUUGAAUUUACGUUCACGGCGGUUGAAAUCGAUCUGGAUUAUGAGUAUGAAGCUGCAAGAUUUUUUGAUUUUACUAGACCGGAAUCCAUUGAUGAAGCUCGCCAAGCUGAAAUGUGGUUUCAUUCUCUUCAAAGCUAUCCGCCUUCUCCCUUUGCGGUCAGAUUACUUUCACAAGAACAAUGCGAAAAGGCAUCAAAGUUUUUCAGUGACACAAAUCAGCUGGAAAGUGUCUCCAGUGUCUUACAAGCUCCAGACUAUUCCACAAUGGCCGUGUGCAGCACAGAUGCCAAUGGGGCGAAUGGGGGAGUUCCUUCAGACUUGAAAAGUUAUUGUUUACCAGCAAUCCAGAAGCAACACCCUGCCAGUAAUAUACCUCAUGAUAGCACAAGGAAUGGCAACCUUAAAUCUAAAACAAAACCAAGUUGGAAACCAUCAGUACCAAGAACCUCAACUUUGAUGAAACCUACAGCAAGUCAACUGGCUAAACAAAAUCAUGAGCGUUUAAUGGAUAAGUUCAGAUUUCAAAAGUUAGGGACCAGUUCUUCUGGUAUCGAAAGUCAAGCUCCAAAAAGACAGAAGCUCGACGGGGGCCAUUUGUGUAAGGCCAUCGACACAAAUCAACAACCUAAUUUCGUUCACAAGGCACCAAACAAGGAAGUCACUGCAGACAGUGAUUUAAGUCACACUAGGUUACGAAUAACUGUUCCUAGACCCCCUGAACUUGCGACAGCUCAAAGGGCACAAAGAAUAAGGCAAAAAGCGGAUAAUGGAAACGAGCACGUGGCAUCAAGAGUUCCUGGUUUUCGAGCUCGUCCACUUAACAGAAAAAUUUUUGACACACCUUCAUUAUUAAUGCCAAAAAGAAGCACUCCCCAACUGCCAGAGUUUAAAGAAUUUCACCUACAGACAACAGAGAGGGCUCUACAAAACACUUCUGCAGUUCCAUCAACUUCAGCAUAUUGCAAUAACUUAAAGGCACCACAGAAGCCUAGUUUUGCACUUGGUGCAGAGAGUAGCAGUAGAGAAUCCAAAGAACCACUUGUUGCUGGUGUUCCAAAACAAGAUAGUGAAACAAUUCACAGAUUUAAAGCUCUAUCCUUUAACAAGAAGAUACCCUCAAGUAAAGGAGAUCCAGGAGCUUUCAAAAGUAGCAAAAGGGAAACUACAGUUGCAAUGGCCUUUGAUUUUCAAACCGAGAAACGAGCGCAACCAGCUCCACCAGUUGAUCUUUUUAACAAGCUCUCAUUGGCAUCAGAAUCUGGUUCUCAGUUACAUAGACCGAGGUCACGACCUUCUUCGUUUUUUACCAAGGGUCUAAAAGAAAACAGAGUAUGCUCCUUUCAACAACAAAGUGAGGUAAGUGUACCGAAAAUGGGAUCAAAACAGGUUCAGUCUUACAACCAUAAUGUGAUCACUGAAGGCACUCCCUUGUCAAAUAUCAGUAGAAACAUGGGAAUCCGUUAACAUUAUCAAAACUCUGACACAUGCUCAUUGAUGGAAGAUCAAACCAUCAACCAGAUACAUUAGCAUCAAGAUACUGAUUCCAUGUGAUAUCAAAUGUGGAUCUAAGAAAUCUUAUUACCAACACCAUACAGACCGUGACCUUGUUAAUAAAAUGCAACAAUAAUCAAAGUUGUACAGCUUCUAGUGGUUUGUUUCUACCUUCUUUUUCGAACAGUGAUUGAGACCAUUUACUCCACCAAAAAGAUACAAUAGACUUAACUUUGCAUUUA